CCACCAAUUCCCAUUCUCAUUCUCUAAUAGUCACCAAGUCACCAAUGAAGCGCUCAAUGUUAUGAUUUCUAGGGCUCCGACUUCUGGAAAAUUUUCUCGUUCUGCCUUCUCAUUCGGCCUUCUCGUUGGUGUGGUUCGGUGCAUUGAGGUCACAAAGUUCGUUGUUGUGGUUGCUUAAGGUGACGCGUUCAACAGUCCCUUCAUUUGAACCUAAACUCCUACAGUGAAAGAUUGGAGCCAUGGAGAAGCCAAACUCUGUAGGCCUAGCUGCUCCUCCUCAACCCAAUACCUAGGCUCGGGCUGUUUUGUCCAACUGUACUGCACAUUUGGCAAGUUUCUUCGGUUUCCUUCUAGCCAAAAAUCUAAGGCCUUAAUCUUGAUAUCAAGUCAUACUCCAAAUGCUUGGUCUUAUUUUUAAUCGAAGACCCCUCCUCCUUUAGAACCUGGCUGUUGAUGGUGAUUGCAAAGAAGGAUGUAGAAAAUGUCGUAGAGAAGGGAGGAAGAUUUUACAGAGUUAUUGAGAAGAACAGGGAAAUGUCUAGUGACGCACCAUCUGGUGACCUCCCACCUUCACAAGGUGCAGAUGACAUUCAUACGCCUACCCGAAAAAAAGGUAGGUCUGGGACAAGGUUGAGAGAGUUGGUAGCCACCCGCAACGCUGAUCAUAGGCUUCCCAUUCGUUUUGAUAUGCAGACCUGUAAACCCUUGGGAGAAAAUAGCACGAAAUUCAUUAGUUAUGUGGCCUUGCUCGGUAGAAGUAAGGCAUCCAUUCUUUGUGAUGAUUGGGAUCAUGUUCCAGAGAAUGUGAAGAACCAGAUAUGGCAGAGCAUCUUGGUCACAUAUGACGUCCCAAACACUAAUCUAUUGAGGACGAAAUGGAUUUCAUAUGUCGGGGAAAGAUGGAAGAAUUUCAAGACUAUGCUUACAAGUCAUUAUAUUUAUGGUUCCAAAACUGAUAAAAGCCCUUGUGAAAAGUAUCAAUUUCUUGAUGAGGAAACAUGGCAAGCCUUUAAGUUGAAGCGAUUAGAUCCUGCCUUUCAGGCUAAGAGGAGAGCUGCACAAGAGAUCGCAAAGAAAAAUGUCCACCCUCAUAUAUUGUCUCGUGGGGGUUAUGAGAAAUUGGAGCAGAAGAUGAUGAAAGAGGCAUCUACCUCUAAUCCUAUUGGGGCCUCCGAUACGAGUGCCAUAACUCGUCUUCCACGCCAUGUUACAUGGAAGAGAGCUCGUCAAAGACCAUCUGGGGAGUACACAUCUGAGGAAACCGCGAGCAUAGCUAAGCGCAUUGAUGAGUUGGUCGAGCAAAGCACACAAGGUACAUUCACUCCCGAGGGCCGUGAGGACAUAUUGGCAGUUGCCAUUGGUCGUCCAGAGCAUUCUGGACGUGUUCGAGGUGUUGGUAAAUUUAUUGGCAUCCGUCAAUUCUUCGGUCCUCCAACAAGUCAUCAUAGUAAAGCCCAUGUCAGUGAGGAAGUCCUCAAGGGUAUAAGAGAAGAAAUUAGACAGGAGAUGAGGGAGGAGAUCAAUGAGAUGAAGAAAGAGUACGGUGAUAUGAGAGCACAGUUGAAGAAGGAGUACUCUGAUAUGCGGGCACAAUUGUUAGCAGAUGUGCGAGCAGAAUUCGCCUCCUCCUCAAGCCAACCUAGGAAUUUCCCUCAACCUUCUCAUCUUUGUAUAAGCACAAAGGAGAGUUGUGAUGUUUCUCCUCAAAACGCUUCUCCCACUAUUGAUGCAGACUACGAGUUGUUUAGUGAUGAUGCCCUACAGUGCUUGGUGGCCUUAGGUAAAAUGUAUACAUUGGGGUCAACCAUGCACCAUGAAACCAUUACAACUGAUAUGAUGAGAGUGGUGGUUGUAGACGUACGAGAUGCUACAGCUCGAGUCCCUGUGCCCACUGAGGAUGUUCAGACAGUGGGACAGGCCCCUGGAAAUUUUAUCCUUUGGCCCCUUAGAUUGUCAAGAGCAAUUGUAAAGAAGGUUGAAGCACAAGGACAGGAAGAUAUGAAUGAAUCACUGCAACAACAGUCGCAGCCGUCACAACAAAUAAUUCUAGAACAACUUGGUGUGUUAGCAGUGAAGAUCUCCCUUUCUCCUAUAGAGUUACAAAUGCCUCCUGAAGUCACAAACAGGACAUCUUCGCUCUCUUUCUUCAUAUGUCAGAAGGAUAUUUUUGAAAUUCUCUCUGGCACUGAUAUGUUAUGUAUAUCAAUACUACAACUUUGGUUGUUGUAUUUACAUCGGUUGACCAUUGAAAAGAAGAAUGAUCACAUUUAUGGUUUUAUUGACCCUGUUGCCAUUCAAGGAGUUGGGAAUAAAGGUGAAGAGGUCCAAAACUACCUCUUACAAGCUUUUGUAAACGGAAAAAAGCAAGUGUACUUAGCACCUUAUUUGCAACAGGGUCACUGGCAGUUGUUACUAAUUCUUCCUCAACAAUUUCUUGUAGUUCUCUUAUGUUCAUUGCACAAAAAACCUCACACUUUGACAAUUAAAAAUACACUAAUAUUAGUGGUUGAGGCAUAUUCAAAGUUGCAGGGAACACAUAUCGUCUCUAGAAAGAAGUUGCAGUUCAUUGCACCAACUUGCUCACGUCAACUGGGAAGCUUUGAGUGCGGAUAUUAUGUCAUGAGACACAUGCAGAAAAUUAUAUCCGCAAAUGUCGUUGACUCAUGGAAAUUGAUAUUUGAUGACACGUCUCCAAUGGAACAACAAGUCAUAAAGGAUGUUCGGGAGCAAUGGGCUGCAUUUCUUUUAACCAUUUGUAAAUGAUUGGAUGCUUCAAUAUUACAUUUUGAGUUUAGGAACUAUUAUAUGUGUAAUAUGUUAAGUAACCAUGUUAGGUAAAUAUAGCUAGGAACUUUGUUAGGUAAAUAUUACAUUUUGAUGUGUUAAUGAAAACAAUAUUGAUUA